AUGAGAUUUGGACAAAAAGGAAACUUAGUCCCCGAUUCAUUGGACCUUAUGAGAUACUUGAAAGGAUUGGACCAGUUGCAUAUAAAAUUGGCUUUGCCACCGGAGUUGGAGAAGAUCCACAAUGUCUUUCAUGUUUCUAUGCUCAGAAGAUAUCGUUCUGAUCCAUCACAUGUUCUUCCAGUUGAAUCUAUUGAGGUUAAUCCUGACUUGACGUAUAAUGAAGAACCUAUCCGGAUUAAAGCUCGAGAAGUAAAGCAACUUAGAAACGAGAGAAUUCACUUAGUAAAGGUGCUUUGGAGGAACCAUUCUGGAAAGGAAGCUACCUGGGAAAGAGAAGAAGACAUGAGGACCCAUUAUCCGUACUUGUUCCGGGACUAG